GUAACCGCGAAGUCCUGUCCACCAGCUCCUCUCAGGAAUUUGCCCGGUUCCAGAAAAGCUGGAGAGAAAUUUUCCCACCACUUUCUUUUUCUAGUUGAAGUCAACAGACGUUUAUUCAGGGAUGAUAUGGGAAUGGCGGGCAGAAAUCCCCAAAAAUCCUGUCUUUCAGGAAUUUACAAUCUAAAUGACGGUUGUGUCCACGCAAUCCGUCAGAACCUCUUCAACUUCUUCAAAGAUGGCGGGUUCUGCAAGUGCUCCAUUCUCCCUUUCCACUGCGUUCCACUUGGGGGAUUACGGCGCAGGGCGGAGUCUCGCUGACUUCUGCCCCGGAAGUUUUUCUUCCAGAGAAACGAGCACGUUGAGCCGGCUUUGCGGUAACCUUUUACAGGCUGCUUUCUGAUCAUGUCUUCCAAAAAGAACAGGAAACGGCUGAACCGAAGCGCAGAGAAUGGUUUAACCUCGCCCUCUUCUGCUUCCUCUCCUUCGGGGCUCUCGGCUCCUUCUGUUGGGCCUGGCACGGCGGCAGCGGCCGGGAUUCUGGUGGUGACCCACUUCUUAGAAAACGAUGACAAAGUUCCUAAAACAUUCCAGAAUUCCCUUGUUCAACUUGGACUCAACACAAUGAAAUCUGCAAAUAUAUGUAUAGGUCGACCAGUGUUGCUUACCAGUUUGGAUGGAAAACAAGAGGUCUAUACGGCCUGGCCUGUGGCAGGAUUUCCUGGAGGCAAGGUUGGCCUGAGUGAAAUGGCACAGAACAAUGUGGGCGUGAGGGUUGGUGAUGCCAUCGAAGUCCAGCCUCUGUUGGGUGCUGUGCUACAGGCUGAGGAAAUGGACCUGGCACUCAGUGACAAAAAUGUGGAUAUUAAUGAAGAACAAUUGACUGGUUGUCUUCUGAGAAAACUGGAUGGCAAGAUUGUUUUACCAGGCAACUUUCUGUAUUGUACAUUCUAUGGACGACCAUACAAAUUACAAGUGUUGCGAGUGAAAGGGACAGAUGGCAUGAUAUUGAGGAGACCUCAGGAUGACUCUGACACUGAUGCCCCAGGAAUGGCCUGCGAACGGUCCAGCAGAGAAACCAGUACCCUGGAUGUAUCCCUACAGCUAAGCCAGUUAGAUCUGGAAGAGCCUCAGGACCCAACAUCAAGCAGUACUCCUUGCAAGCCAGUAGAUAACAGAAUGAUAAAUAAAGCUAGUGACAUUUUGUCAGAUGUUACACAGAGUCCUGCGGACAGCAGUGGACUUGGAGUAGGGGAAGUCACAGGACUUAAAUGUAGUUUUGAGUCGGCCAGAGGAGGAAAUGAGCACCUUGUCAAUGAAGAGAGAUUGCUAAAGUCAGCCUGUGUGGGAACAAAGUGCAACACUGAUAUUUUUUAUUAUAUUUCUUCAACAACAAGAGUCAAUUUUACAAAGAUUUGUACAAAUUCAAAAGAGCAAGACAACCAAUUCAAAGUAACUUAUGACAUGAUAGGAGGCUUAAGUAGUCAGCUGAAAGCAAUUAGAGAGAUUAUUGAAUUGCCUCUCAAACAGCCUGAACUUUUCAAGAGUUAUGGAAUUCCCCCACCUAGAGGAGUGUUACUCUAUGGCCCUCCAGGUACUGGAAAGACAAUGAUUGCCAGGGCGGUUGCUAAUGAAGUUGGAGCCUAUGUUUCUGUAAUUAAUGGUCCUGAAAUUAUAAGCAAAUUCUAUGGGGAGACAGAAGCAAGAUUACGUCAGAUAUUUGCUGAAGCCGCUCUACGGCACCCAUCAAUUAUUUUUAUUGAUGAGCUGGAUGCACUUUGUCCUAAAAGAGAAGGGGCUCAGAAUGAAGUGGAGAAGAGAGUGGUAGCGUCACUCUUAACACUGAUGGAUGGUAUUGGCUCAGAAGGAAGUGAAGGACAGGUGUUGGUCCUUGGGGCCACAAAUCGCCCUCAUGCCUUAGAUGCUGCACUUCGAAGACCUGGUCGAUUUGAUAAAGAGAUUGAGAUUGGAGUUCCUAAUGCUGCAGAUCGGCUAGAUAUUCUCCAGAAACUGCUUCAAAGGGUACCCCAUAUGCUCACUGAAGCUGAACUGUUACAACUGGCAAAUAAUGCUCAUGGGUAUGUUGGAGCAGACUUAAAAGCCUUGUGUAAUGAAGCAGGUCUAUAUGCCUUACGGAGAGUCCUGAAGAAACAGCCUAAUCUCUCUGAUAGCAAGAUAGCUGGGUUGGUGAAGAUUACUCUGAAUGAUUUCUUACAGGGGAUGAAUGACAUCAGGCCCAGUGCCAUGAGGGAAGUAGCAAUUGAUGUACCAAAUGCAGUAAGCUCACUGAUGAAGAGACCAUGUCAGUCUUGUUCAUUCUCCGUACCUCAUUCUGUAUACUUACCUAUAGUCCUAGAGCCUGGCCAGACACUCCAAACCUUUUUUUCCUCCUUUUCUUCUUUUAUGUAUUCAUUUUCUCCUUCAUCGGAAGACAUACAUGUGGUUGCAUUUACAAGGACAUUGACCAGUUGUUUUCUUUUCAUUCAGGGGCCCGAAUUAAUGAAUAAAUAUGUUGGUGAAUCUGAAAGAGCCGUUAGAGAGAUCUUCCGAAAAGCGAGAGCAGUGGCCCCUUCCAUUAUUUUCUUUGAUGAACUUGAUGCCUUAGCAGUUGAAAGAGGCAGUUCCUCAGGUGCCGGGAAUGUAUCUGACCGUGUUCUGGCUCAGCUCUUAACGGAAAUGGAUGGCAUUGAACAGUUAAAGGACGUGACAAUUUUGGCAGCUACUAACCGCCCAGAUAGGAUAGACAAGGCUUUGAUGCGGCCUGGAAGAAUUGACAGAAUCAUCUAUGUGCCUUUACCAGAUGCAGCAACGAGAAGGGAAAUAUUUAACCUGCAGUUUCACUCUAUGCCAAUUAGUAAUGACGUGGAUCUGGAUGAACUCAUCCUUCAAACAGACACAUAUUCGGGAGCAGAGAUUAUAGCUGUCUGUAGAGAGGCAGCCCUUCUGGCUCUGGAAGAAGACAUUCAAGCCAACUGCAUUAUGAGAAGACAUUUUACUCAAGCUUUGAGCACUGUGACACCCAGAAUUCCUAAAUCACUGAGACGUUUCUAUGAAGAGUAUCAAGAAAAGAGUGGGCUACAUACACUCUGAGAAAGUAUACAUUAUUCAGUAUGCUAAAAAUGUUUUCUAGAGAAAACUUGUUUCUUUUUUAAAAAUUUUGCCUUGAGAGUGUCCAAAAAAAUCCUUCAUAAACAAAGUGUCUGAAAUAUGUUGACUGGAAUUGAGAGGCUUCAGUGUUUAAAGACAUUUUAAAUGAUGUGGAUACAAUGAAAAUAUCCAUGAAAACCUCUGGACACGAGUUUAAAUCAUUUUUAUCUGGAAAUGUGUGCUGGGUUUUAAAAAAGCAGACUUUAGCUGUUUCAUAUUGGACCUAGUUUCUCCAUCCCAUGAAAUGCUUUCCUAACUCCAGAAUCUGUUUCACUGCAUUCCUAAAUGCCCAGCCUGUGAGCAUCAGUUUUAUACGAGAACAUAAAUAUUGCAUGUGGACUAGUCCAUAGUGAGAAGGAUUUACAGAUCUUUAUUUUUAAAGGCCAGCCAGUGAAAUAGCCAAAUGCACCAGCCAGGUUUAUAUGGCCUUGUUUCCAGAUAUGUGUUUGUUCUUAUUAUAAUUCACACCUACAUUUUCGCUUUGGCCUUCUUAAUCUGUAUUUAACGGCAAUUAAAAAAAAAAAAAAAGAAUUAAGAGUUAUUUCAUGUAAUGCCCUUUGCAAAUUUAAAAAACUGGAAAUAAAAUCCUAGUCCAGGCCUAGAGCAGUAGACUUGUUUCAUAAAAUACUAUAAAUAGAUCUUAUGUUCGUGUUUUAAUUUACACAUGUUUUCAGGUUACCAAUAAACUUUUUCAGUUCAAAGAUUAACCAAAUUGCACUCUGGGGUGCAUGGGUGGCUCAGUUGUUAAGCUUCUGCCUUCAGCUCAGGACAUGAUCCUGGCAUUCUGGGAUCGAUCCCCACAUCGGGCUCCUCCACUGGAAGCCUGCUUCUUUCUCUCCCACUCCCCCUGCUUGUGUUCCCUCU